AUGGAGUUCGAGAUCCUGGGGAUGAACUUGGGGUGCGUGGUGAGAUCGUUGGGGGAGUGGAAGUUCCCCGAGGGCGACUGCCUGCUGCCGCUAAUCUCGAAGCUCCUUGGGUACUGCAUCGUCGCCGCCUCCACCACAGUCAAGGUUCCCCAGGUUGGUGGCUUCCCCAAAUUCCUGCCUAUUGAAGACCGCCUUAUGGGGGGUGAUCUGGGCUCCUUUGUUUUACCCCUUUCAUUUGAUGUGAAUUGGUCGCGCCAAUCUUCGUCUUUUCUAUGGAUUGGUGCCUUUAUAAAUUUGAUUGCCGUCAGUAGCUCACGUUGACAUGGAUUGGUGACGUUGGAGAGAUUGUUUGCUUGUUCACUAUCCUUUUUUGAUUUAUUCUGUGUUUGCUUGUGAAUUGGUGCCUUAAAGAGAGAAAAAAGUUUACAUGACACGAUUAACUCAGAUUGGUUCAUAUAUUUGCCUAAGUCUUCGCAUUUCUUCCUGCUGGAUAACUUGAGUUCACGAAAUUUAGAGAUUCUUAUAUUGUUGGAACGAAGCCUGGACACCACACUUUUACAUACAAAAAUUGCUUGUUUAGUCUAAUAUGCUUUUGAAAGGUUAAUUGAGCAUCUUGUGGUAAAAACAAUGGCCAUUUACUUAUCAAGCCUAAGCUUUUGUUCCGUGGGUGGAGUCCGUGAACAGAGACUAAGCCUGUUAGUUUGCUGGAAAGACUGCGAUGCUCCAUCUACGAAUUUAUAAACAGAAGUUCAGGGGGUCGAGGCGGGUAGAUCUGGCCACCCUCAUAAAUUAUCCUCGCCAUUUUCCUUCUGAGAUUGUCCUCAUCUUUCUCUGAUGUUCUACUUGUCUUUCUUCUUCUCUCGUCGGGAAGUUUGGUCUGCCUCCAAAGAGACUGGAGAAGGGGCCUGGAAAAGUUCCUAUCAAUUAUAAUGGUUUCCCCUUCAUUAAAUGAGCUUUUUCAGACAAAUAUCAUCUCCUGUUCCGGUCAGGCAAUUUUUCGGAUUCCUUGGAUACAUAUUAUCUACUCUGGUAUCUGCCAUCAUUCUCUGCUUGAUUUUUCUUAUACAUUUACAACAUGUUCUCUCGUUUCUGUAUUUCAUUCCAGGGAGUGUAGUAAUUGAGUAUCAUGUCGGCUUUUGUAGUAAGCCAAUUGGUUGCUCUCGAUGGCUUCCUGAUUCCUCCCUAAAAGCACUGCUAUUCUUGUUGCUUUGCCAAUCCCUCUUCCAUGUCUUUUCGGGAUAGUCUCUGCACAAGUGCACUUGGAAAAGACCAAGACUAAGAUUUUUCAGACAUGAAUAUCUGAUAUCAAUCUGCUAAGCAGUGUCUCUAUGCCCAUCUUGAAAUUUGCGUAAUCACAUCUGGAUUCAUUCCAUGGUUCAUUGAAGACUUUGCCUUCGGGUUGUGGUGCAUUAAGUUUGCCAUUUCUCUAUUGCUAUUUAUAUAAUCGAUCCUUCUUUUAAUUUUUCAGAUAUACAAGAUUUUGAAGAAUAAUAGUGUCAGGGGCCUUAGUGUUGCAGCAUUUGAGCUGGAGGUGGUUGGAUUCACUAUUGCGUUAUCAUAUUGCCUUCACAAAGGUCUUCCUUUUUCGGCUUAUGGCGAGCUACUUUUUCUUCUUAUUCAAGGUAUAUGUGGGAAAAAAAUUCAACCCAUUAUUUGAUACCCAUUUUUAUUCUCUGCUCUUUUAGUCUUUCGAUUUUCGGAGAUCCUUGAACGCUUGAGGUUUUUCUUGUUUCAUUGCAGCCAUAGUUCUGGUUGCUAUCAUUUAUUAUUAUUCACCACCAGUCGGAACCAAAACAUGGAUGAAGGCAUUGCUGUAUCCUUCACUAAGUUCGCCUAGGAACUCAGUUCGGAUCUUCACAUAAGUUAAAAAUAAUAAUUCAAGAUCAGCAUAAAGUGUUUUACUAUCAUGUGAAGUUUAUACAUUUCUUCUCUUUUGUUGUCAAUUAAUUCCUUGUCAGAUAUUGUGGCGUAGCACCGACCAUUCUAGCUGGUAAUAUUGAUCCUUUUCUCUUCGAAGCACUAUAUGUGAGUUGCACAUUCUGUCAACACUAUAUUUAUCUCAUUAGAAUGCUACACAAGGAUAUUGAUUUCUUGAUCAAGCACAUUAUGCGUUAUUGCCAAUAUUCCUCUAAUGUGGUAUUUGCUUACAGGCUUCUCAACAUGCAAUAUUCUUCAGUGCCAGGGUCCCUCAAAUAUGGACAAAUUUUAAGGUCAGGGAACGUUGUUCUCUUUAAAUUCUUAUAUACUUGAUGAAUACCAUAUAGCAACAGUUUUUCUUUAAUCUCCUUCGUACUGUAAGACUGCCCCUGUGUUAAAUGACAUUUUUUUCUUUGGUUCUUCAAUUGUAUUUGCAGCUCAUGAGUAGAGGUGUUCUGAAUCAUUGAAAUUGAAGGUUUCGGAGCACCAAAUAAUUAAUAAAAUUCAAAAAUUCAGAAAUAGAUGUCCAUGCACGACGAUACUAGUCUACACUAGGAAGAUGUUGGCUGUGCGAGGAACCCAUUUCUCUCAAAACUGCAGGCUUUUGUCUUUCAUCAUUAAAAAAAAUCCGAGCUUACUCUACAUCCAUAAAAGUAACGUUGUUUCUUCUGGAACUUUCUGUAUUAUGAAUAUUUGAUUAUCCCUUUCGUUCCAUUCUAGGGCUGUUUGAUAUAUAUAUAUAUAUAUCAUAUGAAAAUGUCUUCUCUACGUUUGUAUUUUUUCUUUGGUGUUUAUUCAAUGCAUGCGUGUAGUCUAAGCUAUUCUUUCAUAUGUAUACAUGCACUGAUCGCUAUUUGGGCUAUUGGUUUCCAUAGCUCCAAUUUCUAGUAAUGCGGAUUAAGAUGCGAAACGAGUCUCGAUUGCCAUUUCACUUUGACCGUAUGUCCCACUUUUAACUCGUGGAGGAGAAACUGUGUUUUCACCUGUCAGACAUUAUAAGAGAAAACAUUUCUUGGUAUCAAUCUGAGAAGUUCAUCAUUGUCAUCACUAAUUAUGUUAUUAUCUUUAUCAUCAUUGUGCCAAGCUACCAUUAUCUUCAAAACUCUAGAGGGAUCAAGUGAUGUAAAUAACUAUUCAAACUUUAGGUUCCAAUGUUGUUGCGUCAAGGCACAUUUGGUGAUAUGGAAAUUGAUAGGGGGUUAGUUGCAAGAUUUUUAUUUAUAUAGUCGAAUAACAACUUGUUGGUGAUGCUUGGUAGUUCAAUUUUUUUGUCGCUCCAAACGGAGAAUGUGACAUACCUUUUCUUUUGAGGAACAUUUCUUUAGAUGACUUUUUAUUUGUUUAUUAUAGUUCUUUGUUAUUUUAGUUUUUUUGAAGUGAACUGCCACAGUUGAUGCACAGUGGAACGACUUAUUGAUAAUGCCGUGGAUUUAUUCUGGGAAAAGAUGGUGCUUGUGGUCUAUGGUCUUAAAUUGAAAAUUUGAAGAUAAUUAGAUUAGAGAAAUUGCAAGAAUCGCAGGACUGUAAAAUUAACAAGCAGAACUUACAGGAGCUUGUAUUAAGACUUAAGGUUAAUGGCUUUUACAAUUCAAGUAAAAAUAGGUCAAUGUAACUAUAGUUAUUGAUGAUCGGAGAGAUCUCCUGCAAGUUUUAUGUUAAACAGAAACAAUGCUAUCGUUUGAUACUCACUGGAUCUUUGCUAAUUCCCGAGUGAUAGUUCAAUUUUUUUAUUCUUGAUUCUGAUCAAUGAUGCAUUUGACAUUUUCUUUGUUGAAUUGUAAGCACCAAUCUCUUUUCUUGAUUAUCCCACGAAACACUCAUCCUUCUUAGUAUUGCAACUGUGGAUUUUCCCUAUGAUACAUACUCUCAAAUUCAGCUGACUAUGACUGAAAAUGCUUCAUCAUGUUAAUACAUCGUGCAUAUUUUGACCAGAACAAAAGCACUGGGGAGCUCAGCUUCUUAACUUGUCUUAUGAAUUUUGCCGGCUCUAUGGGUGAGGAAACCCACCCUGCAAGAACGCUGGUAGAGUCCGUUCUUUAGUUUGGGUCCGUCUGACUGCCAUUUUUAUCAUUUGCAGCAAGGGUUUUUACUGGCUUGCAAGAAAGAGCACCUACAAGUGGUAUCCUUUUGCUCUGUUCUAGUCUUUGGUCAUUUUAUAUUAAAAGCCACCUAGGUUUUUCUUGGAAUAUCUAGUGAUGCCUUUGAUCAAUGCACUCUCAAUGUACUAGUUUCUUUUCUAGUUGAUAUAUGCUUUUGCAUUCUAUUCCCCUACCCAAACAAUUAAAAUCUGGCGUCCAUGGAAAGACAGGAGAGAAAAGGAACCUCUUUACAUAAACCCCCAUCUCCGAAUCCAACCCUAAGGGUCAAACUUUACAGGGUCAAACCCUGUAAUCAUGUCCUUGGAUUUUAGUAUCUUGAAAUCAUAGUAAAACAUGUGUCGGACGUUACUGAAUUUUUGUUCCAUGAAGAAUGCACAAGAAGAUGGGAAAUGUAUUUCUUUCCUCGCGGAAUUCUAGAAUGUAGAUCAGUCUGAACUCUUUUAGCCUCGAUCAGCUGUUCUACACCAACCCUUCUCAUUGUAGGAAAGCUAGCAUCCUAGAGACGUUGAUAAGGCAAAUCACUUUCCUUUUCGUUUUAGAUUGCUUUAUGAUGCAUCAAGAGCCAUUUUUUUCAGAUUUUUCUUUGAGCAUGAUGCCGUUCCCAGAAAUUCUCACCCUCUUCUCUCCAAAGUAUUUUCUUAAUGAAAAUGAAAAGAAAAUAAUCUUAUUCAAGAGCAGAUUACAUGCUUUCUUUGCAUUUUAUUUAUCCCUUGACGCUACUAAAGUGGUCUUGGGUUCUGUGCUGGGCAUCCUGACAAAUGGGACGAUCCUGAGUCAAAUACUAAUAUACCAGAAACCGCCUGUGGAGAAACAGAAGAAAUCACAGUGA